AAUGUCAAUCAAUUCAUCACACAUUUCUGUACAAGUUGGUCCAUAUUAUGAAGGAGAGGGAUCUUGGAGUUUGAGGUAUAAGACUUUUAUAUACUUUAGUUUGAAAGCUCUUAUCAAUAAGUAAGCUGCAACAUAACAAUUGGAAUAGCUAGCAAAAUAAACAGGUGGUAAUUUGGAUACAGAAUGGGGAGUUGUAUUUGCUUUGAAGACAAUAGAUGGAAAAGCUUAAGAAUUAUAGAAAUUCCUUAAUGAGAAAUUUAAUCCUAUGCUUGAAGAAGAAAACAUAGUAUUGAAGACUCACAGUGAAGGAACAACUUUAUGGUUGUCAUUUUAAUUAAAACCUGAGGAAAUGGAAGAAAUUAAAGAAGGAUUCAAUAUGGUCUUUGCUUAAGGUAAAGAUAUGAUUUAUUUAAAAUAACAUUAGGUUUAGAAGAAUUUGCUGAAAAGAAUGAAAAUUCAAUAUAAAUGUUAUUGUCAUCUAAUACAGAUUUUACAUUUGCAAGUGAACUUCUAAAGAAAGGUGAUAGAUUAAUGUCAGUCGUUAUGAAGAGUCUUAAAUUCGUUCUGAAAUUGGAUCUUGCUUAAGAUUUGGCAUAAACAAUAAAAAAUGUACUUGAAAAUCUUGAACCUGAUGCUGCCAAUGAACCUCCAAUGAGUUUGUUUUUAAAGUUUAAGAAUUUUAAAGUGGAUUUAGAAUUCAAGAGUUCUGAUGAUUGUCCUGAAUUCAUUAGAUAAAAUGGAUUCUUUGGAAAAAAGAUUUAAAAAUGGAUUUAAGAUGGAGAGGCUGCUGUACAAGAUGAAUAAGGAAUAGCAAUAUUAAAACAAAUUCAAGAUGUAAAUAAUAAUAAUAAUUGUAGAACUUGCCAAAUAUGGAAACAGACUUCUAUUUUACAAUUCCAAAUUUCUUGGCUGUUAGUGGAAAUGCUAAAUUACCAGGUGUAGCUCAAUUCUUAUUGGAAUAUGGUAACAUCCUAGAUAAAAUAUGAUAU